CCUGAGUCCCCUGUAAACUCAGGAAAGUGAUCUUGGAUAUUUUUUGUUUUGUCGAUAUGUCGCUGACAGUUAUCGAAUGAUAGCUGACAGGCUGACAGCAAUUCAAAAUAUGAUGCGUGUCAAUGUUUAUUUGUGUUGUUUAUGUUUUGUGAAUAAAAGUUCGUUAUUUUUUCAUACCUCCGGAUUUUUUAACUUUUAUGUGAAUUUUAGCAUUAUCCAAGAGAUAAUGGCCCACAUAAAUUUUGAUAUACCCUCUGAUAGACACGAAUUAUUGAGCAAUACUACCGGCAGUUAUGAAGUUCGUGAUAUAUCAGUAAUUAAAGCUUUGCCUGCAGAUUUAAAAAUUGCCAGAACUGCAUUGAAAGAAGAAGGGGCCGAAUAUAUAAUCUCGAAUUUUGAUAUCUAUUUCUCCGUGCUGAAUCAUUUUGAUUCCUUGACGUCUGAUAUAUUUCAGUACGCUUAUACAGACUUGCAUAAUGCCACACUUGAAUUAAACAAAGCCAUAGGUUUCCUUCUCGAGGAUAAGGAAAGUCUGGAAGAAAAUGAAGAAACAAAAACCAAAUACGUUAACAUAAUGAAGAUGAUUUUGUAUUUGUAUACACAUCUCAUUGCUAAUAUUGAACAUAGAAACAUUGCAACAAAGGAUCGGUUGGCAAAAAAGAAAAGCCAGAAGGAUGACUGUAUACUGAAUAAGAAGGCUAUUCUGCUUAGUUUGAACAACAUAAUUCAAAGAGAUAUUUCUCUAUUUUGGGAAUCAGUUGUGGAAGAAAAAUUUAUAAACCUGAUAGCCAGUAUUUGCUAUGAGUUUUUGCAGAACCCAGCAAUAAAAAAUGAUAAAGAUGAGAUUCAUAGCAUUUUCUGCAUCUUUGGUCAUCUAAUAACAUCAUACAGUUAUGGAUCUACUUUUAUAUUAAGAUUUACACAACUUAUAAAAAUGUAUGAGCAUUUAUCUAUUUGUGCUCCUGCUGGUAUAAAACAACUCAUAGAAGAUUAUAAUGUGAAAGGCUUAUUGCAUGAAUUGAUCGAGGAGUUAACAGAAUGGCAGACUGAUGAGAAAACUCAGGAUAUGCAAGGCUCUAAGAAUUGCAGUAUAUUCUUGUCCAACUUAGCUGGGUUGGUGCCCAAGUUGAUGAUGCCUGAAGUUCGUUUCCUGAACAACUAUCUGCAUUAUGACCCACCCAGUCUUCGAGUAUCUGUUCUCACUGUAAUGGCGGAGGUCAUUCUGAAUAACCUCAUUGGGGAGGGGCUCAGUGAAGAGAUGCUGGAGUUCAGACAGGAUUUAUUCAAGAUACUUCUGGAACAUAUUGAUGAUAAUGCAGCUGUUGUUAGAGCUAAGGCCAUUCAACUGUGGGCCAAACUACAGCAAGGUGCAGCCAUCCCACUGGAAGCCCAAAAUGUAAUUCUUGAAGAUAUAGUUCUCCAUCUUCACGAUAAGGGAGUGGUUGUUAGAAGAUGUGCUGCAAACUGUGUGCUCACCUUCCUCACAUACAACUUCUAUGGGAAAGAACUCUCAUUAGCUGCAGCUAAAAAAGUCCUAGAGGAGAAAUUAUUGAAGUUAAAAGAAUUCGAAGAGAGGAACAAAGAUCCAAAGGUGGAAAAACUUCAAGAGCUGCAAAACCAGUGGGAUAAAAAGAAAGACAAGAUCUACGAAUUUGUACAACUAACUGUGGAAGCUGCAGAAAACGAAAUAGAUACCGACGAAAAUAUUCCCUUGUCUUCUGCUAAGGAGUUUCCGGCGAAAAUCAGAGAAUUGAUCACAGCCGACAAGUACAAGGAAGCGAUAGGACUCUGCAAAGCUGCCAGGAAGAAAGUCGAAUUCGUCCAGGAAUUGAGAGACGAGGAGUUCGAUGACGAUGUUCAGUUCUAUAUGGCCCUGAUACAUUAUAUGUUCUUCGAUAUCUCGGGCAUAUAUAAGGACAUGCAGAAUGAAGGAUUCAAAUUAGUUAACGCUGAAGAAAUGGAGGAAUUCGAAACCCUCAGCAGGGAUGUUCAUGUGCUGCAGUAUUUCGUACCGUUUCUUAGGCUAAUAGAUACUUCAUUGCACAAAAUGGUAGACCUUCUAGAGACGACUUCCAUCACAGACAUGCAUGAAGCAAUAGAUUUCUUCAUCAGCAUGUACAAGUUUAACAUCGACGGUGCGGAUAUUGGUAUAUCCAAGAUGCUACAGUUAAUGAGAAGAAACGAACAGGAGAGAAAGGAUGCUGUUGUCAAGGCGUUCCAGACUAUUUAUCUCUACACAGAAACGCAAAAUUUGGCUGAUCAUUGCCGCAUUGUCUUAGCACGUCUACUCAAACUCCUGAGAUCCAUUCCAGUCACAUGCUUGAAUGAUCUGCAAGAGAUUGUUACUAUGUGGUGUUCCAAUGGUGUGCUAGAUAACGCACUCAUUGAAUUGCUUUGGAGAUAUGCCUUGAAAACAGAAAUGGUCACUGAUGACGACUCCAUUGCAGCUAUUGAAAUACUUAGGAUGUGUGCUUUGGGAAGAAAGACAAUCAUCCAGACCAACAUGGAGGUAGUAGUCGACCUUGCAUCUAGUCCUCGAGCUAAAGAGAACAUGAAGCUACUUGGAGCAUGCUGCGAACUUCUGGCAACCGCAUUUGAACCGGUGGAUAUUAUGGGUGAUACAGGCCCGAUGAAAAUACCUGUCCAGGAUUUCUUUUUCACUGGCUUGGUAAACACGCUGGUGGACAACUUCUUCAAAAAGAUGCCCUUCUAUCACAAAGCAAUGCUGUCGGCUGUCGAUUUUAUAUACAAAAUGUGCGGGAAACCUGAGAUGUUGUGCGAGGAACUGCUAGUUAGGAUUGUUGACGAGUUGGUCAAGAGGAAGGCUCAGAUGCCAAAAAUACCGAUAUAUCAGUUGAUAAGACUGUGCCAGUUGUGUGGUUGUAUAGCUAUCAAACACCUGGUAUUCAUGGACAGCUCAGUAUACAAGGAGCUUAAACGGCAGCAGAAUGUGGUAGAGAAAAAUAAUGAUAAAAAGAAGGAACAGAAAAAGAAAACCAAGAAAGGUGCCAGAAAGUCCGCUGCCGCAGAUUCGGCAAGCCGAGCGAGUGUAGCAAACGCGCUGAACACCUCCGUUGAUGAGGAUGGUGGCCUAGAGGGAGCUGUAGCCGAGGAUACGGAUGCUGAUUUUAUCCUGCACGUGCUUGAGAAGCUUACAGUUACCGGAUCGGGAGUUUUGGCAGCAAUAACACCCAUUUUGGUGACUAUUUGCGAGAAGCCAGGCGUCUUCGAAGAUAACGACUUACAGGCGGCUGCUGUUACUGCCCUCAUGAGGUACAUGUUAGUUUCCGGUAGGUUCUGUCAGCAGCAUAUCCGAUUGAUAUUCACGAUAUUUGAUCAGACGAAAUAUCCUAAUGUGAAAACUAACAUUUUACUUCACAUCACUGAUUUGCUGACAAGAUACCCUAAUCUUGUCGAGCCAUGGACACCGAGAUUGUUCAAGAAUCUGAAAGACCCUGAUGCAAACAUACGACGUAGUGUGUUUUUCUUCAUGUCCAUGCUGAUGUUGAAGGACGUUAUCAGACCUCACAGUCAUAUACCAGAAAUGGCUACAGCAUUCCUAGACGAAAAUGAGGAAAUCCGUAGCAUGUGCCGAACAUUCUUCACCAAACUUGCUCACAAGGAGAACAAUCUUUACAACGCUUUACCUGAUGUGUUCAAUCAUCUGUCCACGGUCGUGCAGGAAGACGCAAAAAUGCUGGAGUUUAUGAACUUUCUGUUCGAGCUCAUUGAUAAUGCUAAACAUCUAGAGAGUCUUGUUGACAGAUUUUGUGGGCGAUUCAAAGUUACCGAGGAUCUACGUCAACAGAGGAACAUAGCCAGUUGUUUAACAUUCAUCAAAUACAACGAUAGAUCCUUCAAAAAGCUUAUAGAUAAUUUUCCAAAUUACCGCCACAUCAUUCAAGAUGAAGAAAUAUACAACAGCUUCAAAGUCGUUAUGCAGAAUUUCUCGAAACAACAGCCUGGUCCAGGAGCAGCAGGAGCGGCUCAAGCAGGUAAAGCAAACCACAAGCAGUUGGUUACAGAAUUGGAGGAUCUGAUAAAAUCGGUGUUUGAAAUGGAUGAAAAUAAUCAAAUGCCUCCCCCGCCAGUUCCACGGCAGAAAAAGAAAAGGACUGGCGGACAAAGGAAAAAAAGGAAACAGAAGAGAUCUACUGAUUCAUCUGAUGAAGACAGUGAUUAAAAUUUUAUACUAUGAUUAUGUUGCUUACCUGAAUGAAGUGGAUGUGUGAGAAUUUUUGAGUGCCUUAUGAAGUGAGAUUUUAUAUAUUUUUAAGAGUGAGAAACAUUAAAGUGGAUUUUAUA